AAAUUUAAAAUUUGCAAAUUCAAAUUGCAAACGUCCAAAUGAGAAAGAUGAUGAGAUGAGUGAUGAAUUCAUUCAUAACCAAAAGAAUAAAGUGCAUUCAUCUACCAUCCAAAUCUGCCUCAAUCAUUUUGAAAGAUUCAGAAAAAUUUCAAACUUCAAAGUUUUUGAUAGACAAACUUCUUUCAUAUUCUUCGUUCCAAUAAGUAAAUGAGAGCAUUAUUUAUAAAAAUGGGAAAAUCAUUCAUGAUUCAUCUUUCAUAACCUUACAAAAUUCAAUUUGAAUAAUUAUUUAGUUCUAGAAUUCAAAAGCUCAGACAUGAUUUUUCACAGCUUUUGACUAACUCUUGUCUGGUUCAUGCUAAAUCUCAGAAAUAUCCCUCAGAAGAUUAUAGAUAGGUAUCAGUUUCAGUUGCUCGUAAAAUAAGAGAGAAAACUUUUUAUAGAGAUAUUAUAGUUCUUCGUCUGAGAAUUUUACGAUCAUUCAACUUGUACCUAUUUUUAUUCACUCAAUAUUGCUGUCAGCUUUGAAAAAAUCCAUUCCACAUGCAUUUCAUUGGUAAUCAUUACAAGACUAGUAAUACUUCUUCAACUGACAGAAUAAUGACUGCGAAAUUGAAAGUAAUCGUUGUUGGACCACAACAGGCUGGAAAAACACUCAUUUCAAACAUCAUCACCGAUAUGACAGAAAACGCUUAUUCGCAAUACGAACCUACAGAAGGAGUCCGGAUCUUGGAAAUUGAAACCCCUGUUUCAUUAAAUACGAUGCAAAAUUCCAACGUAGAUAUUGAAUUAUGGGAUUGUGGUGGUUCUCAAAGGUAUCAACCAUGUUGGCCUGUAAUACAGCUCGAUACUCAAGGUAUUAUUUUCGUGUGUAAUCCUCAGUCAUCGGAUCAAUUGCCAGAGUUGGAGUUACUUUACGAUUACUUCGUUACUCAAAAUAAUAUGAAUGAUUACAACUGUGUGGUUUUUAUCAAUCAAAAAAGCGAAUUGGAUCAAAUUUCAUCGAUGUUACCUCAUCGAUUCGAUGGGGUAAUGCGUAAAACGAUAAACGCUGCGAGUAAUCCGAACGGAGUGAAAUCGGAAUUUUUGAAUUUUAUCGAAACAUUGCUGAGUGAUUUGAAACACUAAUGGAGUUGGAUCUCUUUAAACUGUAAAAAAUACCAUUUAUAAAUUAUUCUAGAUUGAUGUAUUUUCAUGAAUAAUUUACACAAUAAAAAAUGAACUAAGUAAAAUAGUAAAACUUCAUUAUUAGCUUAGUGGUAAAAAAAAAUGGUUACAAUAUAGAACAUAUUAUAUCACAUUGCACGAAACUCGACUCAUAAAUCCGAUAAUAGAUGAAACAAUUACACACCAUUCAAUCCAAACGAAUCAUCUUUUUUACUCAUCCAGUCUUCGAUUUCUUCAACAGUUCUCGGCACCUGAGUAUAAUUCUCGAUACCAUUUUCCGUAACAAAAACAUCAUCUUCAAUUCUCACACCUCCAAAUCCUCUAAAUCGUUUCAAAACCUCCGCGUCAAAAUACCGACUUUGAACCGGAUCUUUCAGAGCUUUAUCUAACACAGACUCUAUAAAAUAACACCCAGGCUCUAUAGUCAACGCCAUUCCCGCUUCUAAAUUUCGCGCAGUUCUCAAGCACCGAAAUCCUGGCUCCGUUGGUCGUUUAGGAGUUCCUUUGAUGUAUCCACCGACAUCGUGCACAUCCAGUCCUAAUAAAUGACCUAACCCAUGAGGUUGGAAAACAGCUCCGAUACCAGCUUCGAUCAUUUCAUCUACAUCUCCUUUCAAAAUACCAAUUUUCUUUAAAUUAGUCAGCAUCACUUUAUAAGACAGCAGAUGCAUAUCACGCCACGAUACACCCGGUUUCGCCGCCUUCUGUACAGCUAAAUUCGCCUCGAGGACAGCAUUAUAAAUACUUUUCUGGUCUUCGGUGAAUUUCCCAUUGACCGGGAAACUAACGGUGAUAUCGGCGCUGUAACCGCAAUACACAGAACCCAUAUCGAACGUACACAUUUCGCCAUCGUUGAUGAUUUUAUCAUUCGGUUUACUAGCGUGCCCGUAAUGUAAAACGGAACCGUUAUCGCCCGAAGCGCAAAUACACGUGUAUGCGACAUGUCUGCAUCCACCGACGUGAUAAGUGUAAUGGGUGAAUAUCGAUUCGCAUUGGUAUUCCAUUAUACCAGGUUUCGCUUUCCUCAUCAGCGUUUUGUGAGCUUCGGAAGAAAUACGAGCGACGUAACGCAUUACUUCUUUUUCCAGUUCGGUCUUGAUUACACGACAUUCGGUUAUGUGCUCGUAAAGCGUAUCUUUGUUCACUUUGAACUGCUCGAUACCAUCGAAACAUACUUCUUUACUACGUAAACCGCUAUCAGAAUUUACUCCGUUUAACGUCAGCAAUGUAGUUGACAAAGGUUUCAUCACAGAAACCAUUUCGUCGAUAAAAUGAACGUUUUCUACUUCGUAUUUCUCUUUGUAGCCCUGAAGGGUGGGUAAUUUUCCCAGCCAUAAGAUAGCCUCUUCGGAUUCUCGAGGAACAAAUAAAUACGCUGAUCUGGUGGGCAAGUGGAUGGCUCCGUAACAUCCCGGAUCUGUAACGCCGAAUGUCCAGAAGAAAAAAGGUUCUUGACGGAAUACAUUGUACUCGAUGUCUGUGUCGUAGAAUGGUUGGCUAUCUCCUCCUUGAAGAAACACCAGGACGUUUUCGUCGAUACCUUCGCUCGUUAAACUGUCACAUAAUCGUUUACGAUUCAGCUGGAAUAAUUCCAUAGGAACGUCCAAGGUUUUGGGACCCAUUGAAUAAACUCCUUUCAUACGUUUGGGUGGAGAUGGAUCACCGUUGCAAGACAUGGUUUUUCCUCGAAUUUGGUAAUAUCUGAGUUGAAAACACGAACUAGGCGAA